AUGAACGGAAAUAGGUCAGAAAUCAUUUGGGCUGCUCUCGGUUUUUUUGUUGAAAUCAGCGAAAGAGCACUCCUACAAGUCGAUAUAAGGUUUGAUGAUGGAGGCUAUGUCGAUGGUGGUUUCCUGGUUACGAAGGUUGUAGACAGAAACUGUUGGCUUUAUCAAGGACAGACAUUGCAAUGGGCAAUCUAUAGGUACAAUGCAUGUUGGCUUCCAUUGCUUGCUAAACAUUCAGAGUCUAAAAUUACUGAAGGACCUUUAGUUGUUCCUCUUGAUUGUGAAUGGAUUUGGCAUUGUCACGGACUUAAUCUGGUUAGAUACAAAUCAGAUUAUGAAAAAUUCUAUGGAAGUAUUCUUGACAACUCUAAUGUUGUCUCUUCUAUUAAUCAAAGAACAUCAAGAAAGGAAACAGAAGAAACAUGGAACAAAUUAUACCCUUAUGAACCCUAUGAGUAUGACAUGUCACGUGCUUCCUCAAGUGAAUUUUCAGAAAGUUUAUAUAAUGGAGGAACUCAAAGCUUUUCCAAAUAUGAUUUUUUUUUAGCUGUUGAAAGACAAAGCCCAUUCUUUUACCAGGUGUCAAGGCCUCAUUUCAAGAAAGAUCUAUUCCUUCAAGAUACACUUAUAAUCUCAUGA